GACGCGAUAACUCGCGAGAGUAACAAUAUUGGCCAAAACAUGUCGGCGAUCAAAUCAUUGAAUCCAAAAGCGGAGGUUGCGAGAGCCUCACAGGCUUUAGCUGUGAAUAUAUCGGCUGCUAAAGGUCUUCAAGAUGUGCUCAAAUCCAACUUGGGUCCAAAGGGAACUUUGAAAAUGUUGGUGUCCGGGUCUGGGGAUAUCAAACUAACCAAAGACGGCAAUGUUUUGCUUCAUGAAAUGCAAAUCCAACAUCCUACAGCUUCCCUCAUCGCGAGAGUGGCAACUGCCCAAGAUGACAUUACUGGAGAUGGGACUACCUCUAAUGUACUUAUCAUCGGAGAGCUUCUGAAACAGGCUGACCUAUACAUCUCUGAGGGUCUUCAUCCACGACUGAUCACAGAAGGCUUUGAGUUGGCUCGUAACAAGGCAUUGGAAGUUCUCGAGGAGGUUAAAGUCAAACGUGAAGUUGACCGUGAUACCCUGAUCCAGGUGGCACGAACAUCACUUAGGACCAAGGUUCAUCAAGAAUUGGCUGAUCUCCUUACAGAGCAUGUUGUGGAUGCAGUAUUAUCCAUCAAAACCGACAAGGAACCAACAGAUUUAUUCAUGGUGGAAAUCAUGGAAAUGCAGCAUAAAACCGACAUGGAUACUGUCCUGGUGAAAGGUUUGGUGUUAGAUCAUGGAGCCAGACAUCCAGACAUGAAGAAAAGAACCGAAGAUGCAUUUAUCCUUACCUGCAAUGUAUCUCUGGAGUACGAGAAAACGGAAGUGAACUCUGGAUUCUUCUACAAGAGUGCUGAAGAACGCGAGAAGCUGGUACAGGCUGAACGUCAAUUUAUUGAUGAUCGAGUGAAGAAAAUCAUCGAGCUGAAGAGAAAAGUGUGUGAUGGAACCACCAAGGGAUUUAUUGUGAUCAAUCAGAAGGGUAUUGAUCCCAUGUCUCUGGACAUGUUAGCGAAAGAAGGCAUUGUUGGUCUCCGCCGUGCUAAAAGACGUAACAUGGAGAGGUUGACACUUGCAUGUGGUGGUAUCGCUAUGAACUCUGUCGAUGAUUUGACACCAGAUGUUCUGGGUUAUUCUGGUCUUGUUUAUGAACAUGUUCUGGGUGAGGACAAGUUCACCUUUGUUGAACAAUGUAAGAACCCACGAUCUGUUACCCUGCUUCUGAAGGGGCCAAACAAGCAUACCCUGACCCAGAUGAAGGACGCUAUCAGGGAUGGUCUGCGUGCCGUCAAGAACGCGAUUGAAGACGAAUGUGUUCUGCCAGGAGCAGGAGCAUUUGAAAUUGCUGCCUAUCAGGAACUGAUGAAGUACAAGAAUGAGGUCAAGGGUCGUGCUAGAUUAGGGGUUCAAGCCUUUGCCGAUGCAUUGUUGGUGAUAAUUAAGGUACUUGCCCAGAACUCGGGCUUAGAUCCUCAGGAGGCAAUUGUAAAGCUACAGGAGGAAUAUACCGGUCCUCAGCAAGCUGUGGGACUUGAUAUUAAAACAGGAGAGGUAUUAAUACCAGUGGAUAUAGGAAUUUUAGACAACUAUAGAGUGAAGAAACAACUUCUACAUUCAUGUACUGUCAUAGCAACCAAUUUAUUACUGGUGGACGAGAUCAUGAGGGCGGGAAUGAGCUCACUCAAGGGAGAUUAACAUGACUAAUAAUUUUUUCAUUGAGACGUCUUCUUUCUUCAUUUUACUCAUUUUUCUGUGUGCGCUUUUUUCUACUUUUUUGAUAGCAAUAGAAGAGAAAUAGUUUAUUAAUGAACUGGGAGUUCUUCAGUCAAUGAAUGUUUUUAUCUUAUAAUGAUGAUGUCAGAACUAUCUAUAAAAUGACAAGAUCCUACUGUUGUAAUUGAGCAGUUUUAAAGUAACUGAAAGCAGUUGAACUGAAAUUCUUUGGUAUGUGCCUUUUGUCUUGUAAGAAGUUGUAAAACAGAAAAUGGUUGCUUUAUUUGAGACAAAAAAGAUCAUGAUAGAUAUUACUUAGUUUCAAAUGUGCUAUUAUUGUGAACAAAUAAAUUAUUGCUUGCAUUAAAA